AUUUGUUCUCAAACAAAUUUUUGGCGUUACUGAACACUGAAAUCGUUAAUAUUCUUACAUUUUCAUUUCCAUGCCAUUUCUAAAGAAAGUCGCUUUAUUACAAAUGUUUACUGGGAUAUAUUGAUGUGUCAUCUGGACGUGCAAUGUUUGGGAAUGGAAUGUAGUCAACAAAAGUCCAACAAAAGCAACAGAAAUAAACACAAGCAAAGCAACAACAAAGCAAGUCUAUAAAUUUACGUAGAUCAGAAAAAUCCUAAGCAACACACUCAGCAACCGGCUGUUGAGAAAAAAUAGAAAAAUUGCCAAAAAUUUUAAGUAAAAGAGUCGAAUAACGACUGCCUAAAAAUGCUGCAAUGCGAAGAACUGAAGGACGAUGAAGGUCCCUCGAAUACGCUGGAGCAGUUUACGGAAUUGGAGCAAGUACUCGAAAUGAUCGAUUGUAUGAAAGCUUGCGAUGAGCCAGGCUUUGAAAAAGACUUUGAGCAGUACACGGAAAUUUUAUCGAGAUAUCAAGAACAACCACAUUUACUGGAUCCACACUUGAAUGUAUUAUUGGAGCGGUUAUUAGCGAAAGUUCAUAAUAGGGCGUUGUCGGAAGGCGAAAUUCAUGCCGCCUUCAAAUAUAUGUAUAUUAUAACUAAAGUACGCACAUACAAAGUAUUGGUAAAGUUUUUACCACAUGAAUUGGCUGAUCUCGAAUUCGCUUUGGAAAUGCUCGAACGUCAAAAUCCCAAUGAAUAUAACCACUGGGAAACACGGUACAUGCUGUUGCUUUGGAUGUCUAUAUUGGUUUUGAAUCCCUUUCAUAUGUCACGUUUGGAUGCUUACGCCACUAAGCCUAACGAGCCAGUUUCGUCUGGUAACUGCAUUGAUACGCAAACGUUGAAUCAUACACAUGUGCAUAGUAAAUCAAAAAUGGAACGGAUUUUUGAUCUCUGCCAAUUAUAUUCAACCACAAAUGACACAUGUAGCAAUAUCGCGGCAUAUUUGGCUGCCAAAUAUUUAGUGCGCGCUGAUAUUAAGGAUAUUUACUUGGAACGUUAUUUGGACUGGGUAAUGAGCCAACAUCAAUCGGAAAGUGGCGAUGCUAAAUUCGGUGAAUUAGCUGCCGUUUCUGCUAUUUUGAAGCAUGGCAAACGUGAAGAUUUGCUGCCAUACGCUGAUAAAUUGUUGAAAUGGAUUAUUGGACUGCAAUAUAAAGAAAGUAAUGAUUUUUUGAAAUACAAGUGCUACAUAAAGAUUGUGCAGCGCAUAGGUUUGGUGUACUUGAAGCCACGGUUGGCAGGCUGGCGAUACAAGCGUGGCACGCGUUCCUUGGCUAUGAAUUUGAAUAAGUCUACAAAUGCUGCGGCUAACGAAAGCCCCAGCGGAAAUGAGCCCGAUACGGACAAUGCAGAUGGUGAUGGUGAAGAAAUCACUGUGCCAGAUGCCAUCGAGGAAGUAAUAGAGGAAUUGUUACAAGCAUUGCGCAGUGGUGGUAGUGACAUACGUUGGAGUGCCGCCAAGGGUAUAGGUCGUGUCACCAACAGACUCUCCAAAGAGUUGGCCGAUGAAGUAAUCGGUUCUGUCAUUGACAUAUUAAAUCCUCUGGAGCCGCAUGAGGCUUGGCAUGGUGCUUGCUUAGCGCUAGCUGAGCUAGCAAAGCGUGGGCUGCUGUUGCCACAUCGUUUACGCACGCUGGUGCCACUCUUGAUGCAGGCUUUAUUUUACGAUGAAAUGAAAGGGUACAUGUCGGUAGGCCAGCAUAUACGCGACGCUGCCUGUUACAUGUGCUGGGCGUUUGCACGCGCCUACAAUCCAGAGGAUUUUCAACCUUUUGUGGAGCAAAUAUCUUCAGGUCUGUUGACCGUAGCUGUAUUCGAUCGUGAAAUAAAUUGUCGACGCGCUGCUGCUGCUGCUUUCCAAGAGAGUGUUGGUCGUCUAGGAAAUUUUCCACAUGGCAUAGAAAUUUCAACAGCAACUGAUUUUUUCUCUGUGGGUUUACGGCAAAAUUCCUACUUGAAUGUAGGUGAUUACAUAGCACAAUUUGAGGAAUAUCAAAAACCGCUGAUCGAUCACUUAGUGGAGCGAAAAGUUAAUCACUGGGAUACGUUGAUACGUGAACUGACCGCAAAAGCGUUGUAUAAGCUAACCUUUCGCGCACCAGAAUAUAUGGCAACUGUGGUGUUGGGACAGCUUUUGAGCAAAACCGAAUCCAUUGAUAUCAAUAUGCGACAUGGUACUGUGCUAGCUAUUGGUGAAGUUACACUGGCCUUGAGGGAGAUAGAGCGUCAAGGUGAAGGCAACGCUUGCAAAAAGUUACUAUCUAAUCAAUUGUUGACCGAUCUAAAUGAGCUUAUGGCAAAAUAUGUGCAUCGCGAUAUGUUCCGUGGCAUGAGCGGUGAAAUUAUGAAACAUUGUUGUACUGAUUUCAUAAGAAAUUGCAGCUUGGCACGCAUUGAAGCAUCCGUCACGUGUGUGGAGUCUUGGCAGUACAUCAUCGAUAAAUGCCUAUUAAAUAAAGCAUCUGCCAUACGGGAGGGUGCCUCAGCAGCCUUCGCAGAACUUUGCCGCUCAUACUAUAAGGGUGAAGAGCGAGUUCUCGCAAAUGCGGAAAUUAUAAGAAGCUAUCUGAAAGGUGCCACAAAUAUCAUGGAAGAGCACACACGCAUGGGCUAUAUAAGCGCCUUGGGUGCAUUGCCCGACUUUAUGAUCAAAGCGAAUUUAGAUGACGUACUCGAAAGUCUGAUUAAGCAUUCGCUUACGCCAACACAAGCUGUUAUUACAACCGGCGAAAUGAUGAAUCAACAUGAGAACCUGGCAACGGGCACAUGGAGCGAAGCGAGACGUGAUAGUGUUAAAGCGCUUAGCAAUGUGGUGCACACAUUGGGUUUUAGUAGAGACAGCAAAAUUUCAUUUGGCAAUCCAAAGUAUUUCAACAAAGUUGUCGACUGCUUUAUAAAAGCAUUGGAUGAAUAUACAUUAGACAAUCGCGGUGAUAUUGGCGCUUGGGUACGCGAAGCAGCAAUGAAUGCCAUCCAUCAACUUAUCACGACAUGUCCGAAGGACCUACUACAGCCACAGCAAGUUCAUCAAAUUAUGUUGGGCUUCAUGCAGCAGGCUGUUGAGAAAAUAGAUCGUACACGCGGCCUUGCCGGUCGUCUCUUCUGUCAAAUUAUAACUACUACACCCCCCAUAUCGCACAUACGGCAUCAUCCACGCCUGUUGGAGAUAUUCCCCGCCGAUGUUAAUAGUGUAUUGUGGCUGUUUGCCGACCAGACAUUCCCGCUAUUCUGCUCCUUGCUCGAUUUGCCCGAUUACUCACAGCGCGUAUUGCUCGGGUUAAGCGCAAGCAUUGGACAGUUGACCGAGUCUUUGAUAAAAUACUCAUCGGCAGCAUUUUUCGAAUUUCUACGUACACAUCCUGCGGAAGUGCCACGUUUAUGUAAAGAAAUAGUCGCCAAUUUCGAAGAGAAUGUCAUGAACGAACGCGUUACCUAUCCGAUGUUGAACUUCUUGGACAUAUUAAUAAGUUCAGGCACCAUAAACGUGGUAUUAUUGGAUGAGUCAAAUACUUUUGGUGAUGACAUAUACCGCCUGCUGAAUCUUGAGAUUAAAGGACACAAAAAACUGUACAAACUAGUAUCGAGCAUAAGUGUCUAUUGCCAGCUGGUGCAAGUACCACAUCUUUGCAAACGCAUACUAUCCAAAAUGGCAAUAUUUCUUGGUCUUACCCAUGUACAUGUGCGCAAAACAAGUGCUACUAAAUUAUAUGAAGCGCUUGCUUUGCAUGGUGACAGUUGUGACAUUCCAGAAGAGAAUAUGGAUGAGAUAUUGAAUAUAUUAUCUGAAACAGACUGGGGAUCGCCGCUAAUUAUGGUGCGUCCCGUACGCAAUCAACUAUGCGAAUUAAUGGGUAUUAAACCGCCAGUUAGUGGUGUGGCAGGCACAAGUCUUGAAACGGCCGGUGCUGCAGGUGUGGCUGCGGGUGUGAGUGCGACGCUACGCUUUAGAAAUUAAAUUGUAUAAAACAAUAAUGAUGCAUAUUUGUCACAGCGGGAGGGUCUUUGCUACCUACCGUUCAAUAUUUCAAUAAUUUAAUUUUUUUUAACACACCUACAUUAAAUUGUAAUUGAAAACUGAAAUUAUUGCUAAUAAUUGAUUAUAAUGCGCCGCCUUCAGAAAAAUAAAUGUUGCCGCAAAUAUUCCUUAAACAAA